AUGACAGCGCAGUACACGUUGAAGCAUUUGGAUUCCAAGCAACGUUGUACAUUUCCAACUACUUUGGAGAAUGCUGCUGAUGUUUUGAAUCAACAUAAACACGAUAACAGGAAGAAGAAUUCGAAUGGAGGAAAUUCGAAUGGGCAAGGAAAACAAAACAAGUCAAACAACAAUCAAAAUGACGGAGCUCAGUUUUUGCAACAACAAACUCGGGCGUGUUUUGUAUGCGGAUCAAAAGAUCAUGUCGCACCUCAAUGUGCGGACAAAUUGAAGCCGCGGGAACAGUGGAAAAACCCGGACAAGUAUAGGAAUUAUUCGAGCGUGAAUGGCCGUGGUAAUCGACAAAAUAUGCAACGUGAUGAGAAUGUAACUCGUGAUGAUAAUGAAUCGGGAGAUUCAAAUACUCAAUGGAACUAUGGACGUUCCAACAAUGGAUCCCAUGGAGGACAAUUUAUUCAACGAGGACAUACUAAUAAUCAUCCAAGACAACAAGGAAUGAUGUUGUUCCAAAUCAACAAUACUGGUAUCCACUUGGAUAGUGGAUCUACUUUUCAUUUGCGAACCAAUUCAAGGAAUUGA